UUCCACCCUCUGCUGCUGCUGGUUCACCUGCCGCUGCAGCUGCACCUCCAAGAGCCUCCAUGACUCGCUCAUUUCAGAGAUCCAUUUACAUUGCUGAUUCAGUUCAUGGUAAACUGAGGCCGAGCAGGAUGGUGGUUGUCCGUUUCCUAGAAUGUGAGGCUACAGUACAUGGCAUUAUUGGGAAAGUUCAAGAUGCUCUUGGCAGUUAUGAUCCAGUAAUUCUCACUGAUGCCCAGGGUAACGAGAUACUUGAUUCUGAAGGAACUAAAGGGUCCCUCUACUGGAAGCAGAAUGCCCGGAAGGUUUUUGCCAUCUCCGAACAAGAUUUCACAGAGUUUCAGGGCACCAAGAGAAAGAGAAGCUCAAGUCAAAAAGAUGAUGAGACUUCAGGUCUACAAGAUGUGUACGAAAAGAUAGAGGAGGUGGUUCUGGCCUCACAGGGCCUUCAGCAAGUUAUCUCAUCUAUCAAAGAGCUUUCUGAGCUGUCCAGUCAAACAUCUGCCAAAACCUUGACUGAUGUCCAAAUGCAGAAAAUAAAAGCAGCUUUCACUUGCAUAGUCUGCAAGGGACCCAUAGAUCAACCGGUAUUUGCCACCUGCUGUAGAAGCCUGAUCGGAUGCAAGCUUUGUGUUGAUCAGUGGAUGGCUACUGCAUCACAGUGCUUGAAAUGCAGGGGGGAAGAUCUCAGUAACAAUGUCUUUCUUGCAGUGGGUCUUUCUGAAGUUUUGUUAGCUCUUAGUGACAUUAUUAAGGUAGAGUAGCGCUGCAUUACACAGACAAUUGUUACCUGUUAAGUGAUUGACGUUUAGUUCAGUGGUUUAAUGGACAGCUUAUUUUGUUGAAACAAGAACAAGAAAAACAUUUUUUGUUAAUUGCAUUUGUCAGCAUCAUGUUGAUGCUAAACAGUUAGUCUAAUAUUUUGUUUCUAGAAAGAGCACUUGAUAGGAAAACAUAUAACAACCAAUAAGCAUGUUCUUUAUGAGUAUCUUUGAGUUAGAGUGACUAGAGUGAUCAAAGCCUCUUUAAAAGGCAAAAAGUUUUUGUUGACUGCAUUAUUGAGCAAAACAGCAAUGUCUGGCCACUUCUCUGAAAACAGUUGUUCCACUGUAGCCUUCUCAUGUUCGCUUGUGAAAGGGUCCAUUCCAAAGGAAGAAACCCUUGUCAAAGAGGACCCCAGUGUGUCCAUGUACAGAUCAGCUGCUUCAGUUCCAUUGGGCAGUAGUGCUGCUGAAAUGUUUUUUGCAGAACCACCCUGUGCAAGCUGGUUGGGGAUUCCUUUUCCUGUAACAGUUGGGAAAUGUUAACUCCUAUUAAAUGUUGUGAAUGUCAA